AUGGUGCUGAGCGAACUCAAGGUGCUCUGCGGCUGCGGCGCGUGCGCGCGCGUGGCGUCUGACGAGGACCGCACCUUCAGCAUGACGCAGUGGGAGAUCCACUGCGGGCUGCCGAGCGCGAAGAAGUGGAAGGCGAGCGUGCGCGUGCAGGCGGGCGGCCCUGGUGGCGGGCUUGCCGUGGGGCGGUGGCUGGAGGAGAGGGGGAUCGAGACCAAGUUUGGACGGGCGCCCGCAGGCGGGGCGGCGCGCGUGAAGAGCGAGCAGGACCCAUCGUACGAUCCCGGCCAGCAGCAACAGCAGCACCAGCUCCACGGUGCCGCGCCCUGGGUCAAACACGAGGCGGACCUGGAAGCCGACCUGAAGCUGCAGCUGCAGCUGCUCAUGCAGCCGGCGCUCUGGGCGUCCGACGGCGGCGAAGAUUUCGAGCUCAAGCUCGCGGCGGCCGCCGCGGCGGUCGCGGCCGCGAACGCUGCCGCUGCAGCGGCUGCUGCUGUUGCGCAGGCCUCGGGGCUGCCCGUGGCUGGCGCAGUGGGCCCGCCGUUUGACCCGUGGUAUGACGUGGCAAAGGGGCGGUACAAGCCCAUCAAGGUGCGGUGGGCGGGGGACCGGUGCGCCGUGUGCGACAGCGACGUUGACUACGACUGCGACAGGCUCGUGUCAUGCGACGGCUGCGGCAUCAGCGCGCACCAGUCGUGCUAUGGCGUCCACGACCUGCCGGGGCCGGACGACAUGUGGCUGUGCAGGGCCUGCGAGCUCAAGGAGCCGACCGCCCCGGAGCCCCAGUGCUGCCUGUGCCCCGUCGCCGGCGGCGCGCUCAAGCCCACCACCAUACCUGGGGCCUGGUGCCACGCGGCCUGCAUGCAGUGGAUCCCAGAGGUCACAGUCGUGGACCCCGCGCGGUGA